AUGGAUACCAACCAGCAGCAGCAACCCGCACAGGCAAGCAAAUCACAACGCAUGGCCACUGUCAACACUCUACUCGACGGCUAUGGCAGUCUCUCGGUUCCCCGACUGCUCGAGCCCCUGGCCCAAAACUUCGAGCACCACGUCCUGCCCGAGAGCCUAGCUAUGCCCCCGCGCAACAAGGAAUCCUUCGCGCACCACGCAGCAGGGAUCUUCGGCGUGUUCGACGAGUUUCGGAUGGUCCCGCAGUCCAUGGUCGACGACGGCGCGUCCGGGGUCGUGGUGGUACACGCGCACAUGCAGGGGGUGCUGAAGGGCGGGAAGGGCGUGUGGACAAACGAGUGCAUCAUGAUGAUCACGCUGUCCGACGACGGAACUCAGGUCGUCGGCGUCAAGGAGUUCGUGGAUAGCGCCAAGGCCAUGGAGAUGGCGCGGAAGCACAAACCCAAGGACUUUGAAGCGCCCACUACUAACCUGGGGUCUGAGGGGCCGGAACUGGGUGUGGUCUCUUGA